AUGAGAAUUUGUAAUUUACCAAAAGAGCUGAAUAAGUUGGCAUUUCUCGAGGGAUUUUUCGUGGGCAGCAAUCAAUUGUCCGGAUCAAUCCCACCGUGGAUCUUCAACAUAUCAACUUUGAAGAUUUUAGGACUCAGAGCUAAUCGUUUCUAUGGAAUUCUUCCCCUCUCUCCCGAGCUCUCUCUUCCAAAUCUCGAAAAAUUGUAUUUGUCGAGAAAUGAACUCAAUGGGGAGAUUCCGAUUUCUAUCACCAAUGCUUCCAAUUUAGAUCUAUUGCAAUUGGCAAAUAACUCAUUCAGUGGCACCAUACCCAACUUGGGCAGCUUAAGGCUCUUACGGACACUUCGCAUUUGGGGUAAUUCUCUCAGCGGAUUAGGAUUUAUCUCUUCAUUAUCUAAUUGCCAGUUUUUGGAGGAUUUAGAGAUUUCGUCCAACCCACUUAACGGCAUCCUCCCUGAUUCCAUUGGGAAUUUAUCAAAAUCUCUUACAAUUUUCCAGGCACAUUUCUGCAACAUUUACGGAGUUAUUCCUUCUACCAUCGGAAAACUGAUUGGUAUGCAACAUUUAGAUUUAGGAGGAAAUCAAAUCACAGGAGUUAUACCUCCAACAUUAGGGAAAUUAAAUCGGCUUCAAAGACUAUUUCUUGAUGGCAAUCAACUGCAUGGGUUUAUCCCUCAAGAUAUUUGUGGACUGACUAAUAUGGGCGACUUGUACCUGCACGAAAAUAGCCUCGCAGGUCCCAUACCUGAAUGCUUCGGUGAGCUUAAAUCCCUAAGAUAUAUCUACUUGGGUUUCAACAAGUUGAAUUCCAGCAUACCUCUCAACUUCUGGAACUUGAAGGACCUUGUGUUUCUCCACUUGUCCUCAAACCGUUUGAGUGGUCAACUUCCAAAUGAAAUUGCAGGUUUGAGACAACUAAAUGAACUAGAUUUGUCCUAUAAUCAAUUUUCCGGAGACAUUCCAAGAUCAAUCGAUAGUUGCGAAUCAUUAACGUUUCUAAUUUUGUCGGAUAAUAAAUUUGAAAGAUCCAUUCCUCCAUCACUGGGGAAUAUUAGAGCCUUGAGGGAUUUGGAUUUAUCUAACAAUAAUCUUUCGGGGCUGAUCCCGGAGUCCUUAGAGGGCCUCAAAUUCCUUCAAUACUUUAAUGUGUCUUACAACAAAUUGGAAGGAAUGAUUCCCACAGGUGGCCCUUUUGUUAACAUUACUGCUCAAUCUUUUCUUCACAACUCUGCUCUUUGUGGAGAUCAGAGAUUUCAAGUGCCUCCAUGCACUGGGAAUAAUCUCAGGAAUUCAAGACUAAAGAAAGUUAAUCGGCUGAUGAAGUAUAUUGUGCCUCCAUUCAUUUCAGUUAUCAUAUUAACAGCCAUUAUACUACUUGUGUUGGUGAGGACACGAAAGCCAAAAAGUGGGCUUGCUCCUGCUGAUGAUGUUUCGCUUGGUGUUACUUGGAGAAGAAUCUCAUACAUACAACUUGUUAGGGGAACUGAUGCCUUCAGCGACACAAACUUACUUGGAAACGGCAGCUUUGGUUCGGUUUUCAAAGGGGUGCUUUCUGAUGGACUAAUUGUUGCAGUGAAAGUCUUCAACUCGCAAUUAGAAAGAGCUAUCCGCAGUUUUGAUACGGAAUGUGAAAUACUUAGCAGCAUUCGACACAGAAACUUGGUCCAAAUAAUUGGUUGUUGUAGCAACACAGAAUUCAAAGCAUUGGUUCUCGGGUUCAUGCCAAAUGGCAGCCUCGAGAAAUGGCUGCACUUGGAAAACUGUGUCUUGGAUUUGAUAUCAAGGCUGCAAAUUGCAAUAGAUGUUGCAUUAGCUUUGGAAUAUCUCCAUCAUGGCCAUACAUUCCCGGUCGUUCAUUGUGAUAUAAAGCCAAGUAAUGUGUUGCUUGAUGAGGAUAUGGUUGCCUGCCUCUGUGAUUUUGGGAUAGCCAAGCUCUUUGAUGAUGGGGAGAAUAUUGUUCUUACAAAAACCAUGGGGACAAUUGGUUACGCCGCACCAGAGUAUGGAUCAGGAGGUAGAGUGUCAACAAGUGCAGAUGUUUAUAGCUAUGGCAUACUGUUGCUGGAAAUGUUCACGAGCAAGAAGCCAACUGAUGAUAUUUUCAAUGAAGAGAUGAGCUUGAAGGAUUGGGUACUUGAAGCUUUACGAGAAAAUGCAGUAGCUAAAAUCGUGGGCCCUAAUUUGCUAGCAAGUGACGAUCAGCAUUUUCAUGCAAAGGAAGAAUGUGUCUCGUCUGUCUUUGGUUUGGCAAUGAGAUGUUUGGUUGUUGUGCCCGAUGAAAGGAUUAACAUGAUGGAAACAACAGCUACAAUGCAGAGGAUAAAAUCCAAAGUUGUGGCUGUCACUACAAGUCGUCAACAAUAUGCGUUGGCCACUAUUUCGAGACAAUAG